AGCCUUGAAGCCACCGCGUUGUUUAGUAUCGUUUCGACCACCGUACAGCGAUGCAGUGGAUAGCUUUUGUCGUGUGUUUGGCAUUAGCCACCAGCCUGGUCCUUGCGGAUAGCUCGGACACGGAAACAGAGCGAGCGCCUCGUUUGAUUGGAGGAACGAAUUCACCCUGGGGCCAAUUCCCGGCAGCGGUGUCCAUUAACACCACUUUUAAUGUUCACUGCGGUGGUGCCAUCGUCGAUCGCCAGCACGUCCUAACGGCGGCCCAGUGUGUAUUUAACACGAACCGACGGCUGAUCGAUCCGUACUGGAUCAAAAUCCACGCUGGGGACAUUGCGCUCGCACCAGUCGGUGCUCGGCGCCAGACACGCCACGUGUCGCACAUCUUUGUCCAUCCGGAGUUUAACUUUGCGACACUGGAGAACGAUGUAGCGGUGCUGAGGUUGAAUCGUCCGUAUGACCUACCCUCGAACACACUGAACGUGGCCAACCGGACCCGGCGUAUCGUUCCGAAUGGAGUGGCUUGUCAGUACGUUGGAUGGGGAACAGCGGCCGUAGCACCGACCGCUCCCGUUAAUGUACUGCAGCGUUUCCUGCCGAUGACGGUCAACGAUCGUGAGCUGUGUAAUCAGGCGACGAUGCAUGCAGGACGCAUCCAGGAGAGUAUGUUGUGUGCCGGGAAUACGGCAGCCUCGAACAAUGCGGCUCCUUGCAAUGGAAAUGCCGGCAAUGGAUUGUACUGUGAUAGAGCGCUCGUUGGUAUUCUGACGUUCGGAGCGAACUGUGGUGCCGCCAACAAUCCACCGGUAUUCACGCAGGUUCGGUUCUAUAACAAUUGGAUCGAGCAGCAGUUUAACCAGACGCAGGGCCGCCCAUUCGGUUGGACACCGGGACAGGUCUAGGAAGGUGUGUGGCUUGCUGAAUAAAAAGGAACUCGCUAUGAAUUGGA